UUUUCAUGCGCGCAUCUCUCUUUGUUGUCGUUUUAACUAAAAAUCGAUCCUCGCUUGUAAAUCGAUAGUUGGACUGGGGCUUUUUGUUUACCAACAUUGAGAAAAGCGUUUCUGCUGCUCGUGCUGCGCUGAAAGAAUUUGGAAAGGGACGUAUUUUUUGGCAUGGGUCAACUAUAGCAACGUCACGCGAGUAAAACAGUCGUGCUAAUUUUAGUCCCGCGCUCGGAACAAGCAAGGCAUCUUGAAAUAGUUAUAUUUACUCAGAGCUCGGAAAAAGGUGGCAGUGUUUUGAUUGCGAAAAACCCCUCGUUUCACAAGCUACUUACGGAAUUUUUGGCAACCUGUGUCACGCAUGUUUGUUGCUGCCUGGUGAUCCUGAUAAAUAAAAAAUUGCAGUGCAUUCAAUCAAGAAAUUUGUUUUUUGAAAAGUGAUUAUGUUGAGCCAACUCAAGAGUUAUCUGUUUGGAGCUGACGAUGGCGGUUUGAUGCAAGAGCCUGCCGUAGGCGAUUGUGCUAAUAACGGCGGCGCAGAAGACGAUUGGGUCCUUGUGGAUACCCAGGAAGUUAUCGGAGAUGUGGCAAGCGAUGAAGAAACGCUGGCCGGACUUGAGGAAUCCUGGAUCGUUACUCAGGAUGUUGCGUUAAAAGCCAUUGUCAAACCGGGCAAGAACAAUGGAUACGGACGUCGUCACCGCCAGCCCAAAGGGACCAAACCCCGUAGAUGGAAAGGAUCUAGCAAGAACAACAGCGGAGGAAUCAAACCCGUCCAAGCUUCCUCAAAUGAGGAUAAUGAGAGCACCAGCUCGUCUAUUGCCAUUGUGCCCAGCCCAGAACCGUUGACACGUCCAGCAGCUUCCCCUGUGACAGCAUCGACCGUCUUGGCUGCUUCUAGCGAUGCCAAACAAAUGGCGACCAUCGCAUCCGCUCGAAUUGCUAAACAGAAAGCGGACAAGAACUGGAUGUCACGCAAGAAUUUGCUGCGAGGCAAUCAGACCAUGAUGGCCGCUGCUGGACGCAAUAAUCGACGCAGCCAACUGAUUGGCAGUCGCCUUUGCGGAUCCAACAACAAUCGCAAAAGCCACCAGUUUUAAACAUGAAAUGAUUUCGUUUCCUUAAAUUGGCACACGCUUGUUCGUUUUACUUUAUUAUAGACGUCGUCCUGAUUUUAGGUGCUCGUCUCGAUUCCCCCCCCCCUACACCCCCCUUGAAAAUGUGCCCCUCCCUCGUCUCGUCCCCCUUUCAAGAAUUAUCGGAUAGUUGCAUUUGUAUGGUGGAUCUCUCGUCUGUGUGAGUGUUUUUUGUGCGUAUGUCAUCGCGUAAUCAGACUAACGCGUUCAACUAAUCCGCCGAUAAUUCAGACACACACAAAAUUUGAAAAUCAAAGAGAAAAACAAUUGUUUGGGCCCCUCUUUUUACUCCACAAACAACAGCUGUCUCUUUAGUUUCUUAUCUAAUACCUGACAAAAACAAAAAAUGUUGAUUUAUUUUUGAGUUUAUAUUAUUAACUUUUUUUUGCGCCUUUUAUUUUUUGAGUUACGUGUGAAGAUUUUCGGAAAAAUUCAGCUGUAGCAAUAUUUUUUUUUUUACCUCUCUCUCAAGACUUUGCAUAACGACUCUGGUUAAGUAAAAAGAAAAUUGAGAGUAAAAUAUGAAAUUUAUUAAAAAUCCCUUGACACCGUACAACUAAAGCACUGUUUAAAAACAAUUUUGGGGAAAUGAAAAUUUUGAAUGUUUACCGAAUCCGUUCGUAGCGUUGAUUUGUUGCGCCAUUUAUUUCUCGUGUCUGAUUUGUAAUUUUUUUUUUCCCUUAUCAAAUGUUCAAUAACAUCUCAAUCAUCGCAUA